CCUCUUUCCUUCAUCUGUCGCUGUGCCUCAAUUCCAUUCCCAUUCAAAUCCCUCCCACCGAUUUCUCCGAUGGAGAUUUCAAAUACCGAGAAAACACCAAUCUCCCUCUCCUUCAAUCCAAGCCAUUGAUUUUUUUCUUCUGUGUAAUUUUUUUUUCCCCUCUUCUUACUAUAUAAGAUGGCCCACAGCAUCGGCAAUUACAGCAGCAGCAGCAGCGGAGGCAAUGGCUUUGUGGAUUUCCAUCUCCCAGACGAAAUCCUGGCCGUCAUUCCAACGGAUCCGUACGACCAGCUCGAUCUGGCCCGCAAGAUCACGUCCAUGGCGAUCGCUUCCCGUGUAUCGAGGCUUGAGUCUGAGGCCGGCAGGCUGCGGCAGACGGUCGCUGAUAGGGACCGUACGAUCUACGAGCUGCAGGAGAAGAUCGCGCAGCUGGAGGUGGCGUGCCGGGGGGCUGAUGAACGGUUGCGGGCCACUCUAGAUGAAAAUAUGAAUCUGACAAACGAACGAGAUUCAUUAGCUGCAACGGCGAAGAAACUGAACCGGGAUUUGGUGAAGUUGGAAACAUUUAAGAGGCAAUUGAUGCAGUCAUUAUCGGAGGACAGUUCAUCUCAGGCAGAGACUGUUGAUAUAGGACCCUGUGACCAAUCAGUUGCAAAAGCAUCUUCAGUGAAGGAUGAAGGAUCUAAUGGCUACGUGGCGCCAAAUCUACUCAGUGGCUCGACGGGAAUGAGGGAUUCAGUUCAAAAUGUAUCAAGCCAUGCUGGUCAGAGAUUCUCUGCAUCUCCAUACAUGUCAUCGCGGGUAACUCCAACUGCAUCAACUGGCGGUUCCCCUAGAGGGUUUUCUACCACAGGAUCUCCUAGACUGGCAUCUGGGACCACAUCGCCCACAAAGUCACAGUUUGAUGGACGGGGAGUAUUGUCAUCAUGGUACCCGGCUAGUCAGCAGUCUUCUAUGCCAAGCUCUCCUCCCCAAGGACGAUCACUAGCAGCACGCACUCCUCGAAUAGAUGGAAAGGAGUUUUUCCGUCAGGCCAGGAGCCGUCUAUCAUAUGAACAGUUUGGUGCAUUUUUAGCCAACAUCAAGGAGCUCAAUGCUCAAAAGCAAUCACGCGAGGAAACUCUAAGGAGGGCUGAAGAGAUCUUUGGUAUUGAAAAUAAAGAUCUUUAUUUAUCGUUUCAAGGGCUGCUGAAUCGGAGCUUGGCUUAGAAGUUUUUAAGUUGCUUCUGGGAAAUGAUAUGUGAUAACAGGUAGAUUCGAGUCCUUGGUUUGUUGCAGCUGUUUUGCCAUCGACGACCAUGAAUAGGUGCGAUGAAUUUGGCCCCAGCCUACAGCAUUGGAGCGAAGAUCAGGAGUGCUUUUGUGGAGAGAUUGUGUGAUGCUCUUUCUGGAAAGGUGUAAUGUUGGGGAAUGUUAGUUUGAAGUAAUGUUUCCAAUGCUUGUGAGCAAAAAAUUCUGCAGGACUUGAAUUUUCAGUUAGUACAAGUGGGACCAUGGUUCGGUAAUCCAACCCGUUGAUUUGAGGGACCUUAUUGUUGAUGGCCUACACACCAGAACUUUCCCGUUCUGGAAUAUUCUAUAUCAUUUCGGCCCUCUUUCUAGUUAAAUGUGAAUCAUUGCCUUCUUUUUUGA